AUGACUUUCUCUAGAGCCCCGCUCCUGCGCACUACUGUGCGCGCAGUUCAUCAGCAGACGGCCCGCCGCCAGCCCCUUUUGUCAGUCCAGAGGCGGUUCGUGAGCUCCGGGACUGGCCCGAAAGAGCCGGCGCCGGCGGGCCCGACACAGGGGAUCAAGGGCAUGGCAAAGGAAUACAAUAAAGAUGGCACCAAUCCCAACAAGAAUCUCGUUUAUAUCGGCGCCGGCGUCCUCGGGCUUGGUGGUGUCUAUGCUAUGUACAUAUCGCGCACUCCUGAAAAGGCAACUGAGAGGGCCAAUGAGCGGCAAUAG